AUGACCAUUAUAAAUGAGUGGUUUAAAGAACGUUUUCCAAAAUAUCGCUAUGCAUUAAAACAUGCUGAUCCUCGCACACAAAAUUGGUUUCUGUUAUGGAAUGAUCCAUCCGGUGUUAUUUUUUUAACAUUAUGUUAUCUUUUAUUUGUUUACUUUGGACCGCGUGUAAUGCGAAAACGCGAACCACUACGAGUACCAUCAUCAAUGCUUUUUGUUUAUAAUUUGGGUCUUGUUGCUGUAUCUCUAUAUAUGUUAGAAGAGAUUUUAGUUGGUGUUUAUCAGAGUGGGUAUAGUUUAGUGUGUCAGAAAUUAAAUGUUAGCAGAAAACCAAGUGAAAUGAAAGUGACAAAUGCACUCUGGCUCUAUUAUGUAUCGAAAGCAGCUGAAUAUAUGGAUACAGUUUUUAUGAUCAUCAGAAAACGUUUUACACAAAUAACGUUUUUACACUGUUUUCACCAUUCGUCAAUGCUUAUUAUUUGGUGGAUUGUCAUGACUUGGAUUCCCGGUGGUCAGGCAUGGUUUGGACCAACUCUGAACUGUCUCAUUCAUGUUAUGAUGUAUACAUAUUAUGGUCUAUCAGCGAUUCCAUCGUUACGUGAUAAAUUAUGGUGGAAAAAAUACAUUACUCUUUUUCAGCUGUUUGGUAUUAUAUUAAUCCACUCCAUGCAAGGUAUAGUUUUCGGAUGUGAAUAUCCUUUAUGGGGACAAUGGUUAUUGGGUGGUUAUAUGAUUAUGAUGCUUAUUCUCUUUAUCAACUUUUACUUCCAAGAAUAUAUUACACGUUCCAAUGAACGUAAACGGCCAAAAUCUCAUCUAAAAAUCGAUAAUGAUGAAAAAACAACUAGUCGGCAAAAAGAUAGUUACAGUGUUCCAAAGACACUAUCCUUGACAUAUUUUAACAUGGCAUCUAAUAAACGAAAAGAACCAGCAACAGAUGAUAGCGAUGUGCUUAUAAUAAGACCACUUGGUGCUGGUCAAGAAGUCGGUCGUUCGUGUAUCUAUGUCGAAUUUAAAGGAAAAAAAAUUUUGCUCGAUUUUGGUAUUCAUCCAGGUUUGUCUGGUCGAGCUGCAUUACCAUUUAUUGAUAAUACAAUUGAACCAGAAGAACUUGAUCUGCUAUUAAUAAGCCAUUUUCAUUUGGACCAUUGUGGCGCUCUGCCAUGGUUUUUAAAUAAAACAAAUUUUAAAGGACGUUGUUUUAUGACACAUGCGACAAAAGCUAUCUACAAAUGGCUAUUAUCUGACUGCAUUCGUGUCAGUAAUGUGAGCGCGGAUGAAAUGUUGUAUACAGAAGCUGAAUUGAACGCAACAAUGCCUCGAAUAGAAACAAUUAAUUUUCAUCAAGAAAUCGAAAUAAAUGGUAUCAAGUUUUGGUGUUAUCAUGCAGGACAUGUGUUAGGAGCGGCAAUGUUUAUGAUAGAAAUUGCUGGUGUCAAAGUUUUGUAUACGGGUGAUUUUUCUCGACAAGAAGAUCGACAUUUGAUGAGUGCUGAAGUACCAAAUAUGAGACCAGAUGUACUCAUAACAGAAUCGACAUACGGUGUACAUGUGCAUGAGCCUCGUGAACAACGUGAAAAUCGUUUUACACGCCUUGUGCAUGAUAUUGUCACACGCGGUGGUCGAUGUUUAAUACCGGUAUUUGCAUUAGGACGUGCACAAGAAUUAUUGUUGAUUUUAGAUGAAUAUUGGUCACUGCAUCCUGAUUUACACGAAUAUCCAAUCUAUUAUGCAUCAUCUCUAGCAAAAAAAUGUAUGUCCGUAUAUCAAACAUAUAUUGAUGCUAUGAACGAUAAAAUUAAAAAACAAAGUGCUAUUAGUAAUCCAUUUAAAUUUAAACACAUUGCCAGUUUAAAAACAAUCGAUGACUUCGAUGAUAUUGGUCCGUGUGUUGUUUUGGCAAGUCCAGGAAUGAUGCAAAGUGGAUUGUCAAGAGAAUUGUUUGAAUGUUGGUGUACAGAUAAACGUAACGGAGUGAUUAUUGCGGGUUAUUGUGUUGAAGGAACAUUGGCUAAGAUGAUCUUAUCUGAACCGGAAGAAAUAGCGACAAUGUCUGGGCAAAAAUUACCGUUGAAAUGUUCGGUUGAUUACAUCUCUUUUUCGGCACAUACCGAUUGUAAUCAGACAACAGAUUUUAUACGAGAAUUGAAACCACCACAUGUGAUUCUUGUUCAUGGUGAAAGUACUGAAAUGCAUCGUUUGCGUGCGCAUCUUGUUCGAAAAUUUGAAGACGAUUUAGAAUGUAAAUUACAAGUGUAUACACCAAAAAAUACACAAGCUGUAGAAUUACGAUUUCGUGGUGAAAAAACAGCAAAAGUUGUCGGACAAUUAGCAGCCGACAAACCGUCAGAUGGAACAAUAUUAAGUGGAAUAUUGGUUCGAAGAAAUUUUAAACUCCAUAUGAUGGCACCAGAAGAUUUACAAAAUUAUACAUCGAUGAGUCGCUCAACAGUGACACAACAUCUUGGUAUUCAAUUUACAGCUGCACCACGUUCACUUGUUUUAAAUCUUUCACAAGUGGCUGGAGAAUUAGAACAAGUUGGAGAUAAACAGCGACCUGGCAUACGUGUAUUUGGCGCUAUUAAUAUAUUUUUAGAAAAUAAAAUGCUUGUUCUUGAAUGGGAUUCAAGUCCGGUGAAUGAUGUUUAUGCUGAUGCUGUUGUGACAGUAAUAUUGAAAACAGAAUCAGGAAACUAUCCGGGAUAUACAGAUACUCCUAUUCAAGUUGAUAGAAAACAUGUAAGAGAAUGUCUCUUUGAAACAUUGAAAGACAUGUAUGGUGCGAGCGCGGUAGUCAUGGAAAACGAUAAUAAACUGGCGAUAACAAUCGAUGAAAAAAAAGUAACAAUAGAUUUGGACAGUCUAGAGAUCAAAGGUGAUGAUGAAGAAAUUGUAUCAAUGAUUGAAACAACUGUCAAACAUUUAAGUGCAUGUAUUCAACCAUUAAAACUAUCAGCUUUGACUUGA